AUGCCUCCUAAAUCAUUAUCGUUUAAGUCUAUAUAUAGCAAUAUAUUGCCUAAUAGUGAACAGUCCCAGGAAUUGUCGACACCCACACAUCUUCCAAGUCCAUUGGUCUACAGUUCUCCCUUAAUGUCAAAUGCCAGUCCCGCAGUAAGCAAGCGGAAAAAACUAUCAAUAGAUAGGCCCCUUAGAAUUUCACACGAUUUCAAAGUUGCAAGUUUUGAUUCAGAACUUAAAGAAUACAGCGCCGUCGACGCAGAAUACCAAACGGAGUCAAAUGAACAAGAUAUGUACGAUAAAAUGCCAUCGGACUCGAAAGAAGAUGCCAACGUGUCAGUAAUGAACUUUAACGCAAAAAUGAAACAUAAUCAAAAUAGCGAGCUUACAGAAAAGGAAGGAAACAGACCAGUUUUAUGUAACUCAGGAGAUUCAUUGAACACAACCACGGUAGAAGGAACAGACAUUGAGUCUUUCCGGGACAUCGAAUUAAAUUCAGCCAGGACGUCACACCCGUUGAACCAGGGAAGCGACUCCAUGGUGGGAGAAACAGGCUCUGAAGGCAAAAAGGAUAAAGGAGUUGAAGCAAAAAUGAGAAUAGAAAGAAAAAAUAGCAUUGACCCAUACAAAAACUUUCAUAAAAUAACAGAAUAUUCGCGCAAAAAGGAAACGCAACCUGAAGUCAGCAGUGAAGAAAAAAAUACAACAGAAGCUCCUGAAACAAUGGCAGAAGAGGCAAUUAAAGUGAAGUUAUUCGAGGAGAACAAUGGCGAGGCUGACUGCAUUAAGAUAUUGGUAUGCACUGACACACACCUGGGCUUCAAGGAGGAGGACACAUAUAGAGCGAAUGAUUCAAUGAAUACGUUCGAGGAGCUGCUAUACCUGGCAAAAAAUCUGGAAGUUGAUCUCAUACUACACGCAGGAGACUUAUUUGACAAGAAUGUCCCAUCAAGAUCAACAAUGUACCGGACAAUGGAUUUAUUAUCAAAUUAUUUGUCAAAUCACAAGUCAGAGUUGAUAAUAGAUAAGUCGAAUGUAAUAAAUACGGCGUCAUUGAAAGAAUAUGAAAUGCAGUCAACAGAUCAAGAAUAUCACCUAAGAAGCUCAUAUAGCACAAACAAUGAACAGAUGAGACCGUUUUUUGUAAUUCAUGGAAAUCAUGAUAAUCCUACGUAUAAAAAUUGUCUGUCACCAAUUGAUAUUUUGGACGUGGCGGGAUUGGUGACAUACUUUGGAAGGUAUUUGGACCUGACGAAUGUAGUAGUGAAGCCGAUACUGAUAACAAAAUCAAACGUAAAAAUAGCACUCUACGGACUAGGAUGGAUAAAAGAUGAAAGACUAGUGGAGUUGUUUGACGAAAAAGAAGUCAAGUUUGAAAAGUGUGAAGAAGAUAGGUACAAGAUACUGCUGCUUCACCAAAAUAGGUACCCGCGAAGAGGAAGCGGAGUGAAGGAUUAUAUAACGACGGACAUGAUACCGGACUGGUUCGACCUGGUAAUUUGGGGUCACGAGCACGAAAGCAUCAAGUUCCCAGAGAAGACGAGUCUCCACAAGUUUCAAAUACUGCAGCCAGGAUCGACGAUACAGACCACGCUGGUUCCAGCAGAGUUGCCCCCGAAGCACGGGUGUCUGAUCCACGUGUCACAGGAGGACGUCAACUUCUAUCCAAUAUCGUUGCUGACGUCAAGGAAGUUCAUAUGCGACGAAAUAGAAAACUACGAUUCCGAGGAGAAUUUAGCAGAAAAUUCCAGUGAAAUGUACGACUAUUUGAGAGAUGCGGUCCAGAAAAUAUUGGAUACCAGAGAAGAUAACUUCAUCACGCACCUUAACUCAGUAUCGUUAACAAAACAACUAGGUCUCACUGAAUGGUCAAGAAUUGAAAGUAUAGUAGAAUCAUCGUCAAGUCCACUGUUGAGGUACGUUGAAAAGAAAACAUUAACGCGUAGAAUUAAAAUCGACGGCAAACUGUAUGAAAACAUAAACCCGAAGAUAUUUGGAAGGAAAGUGGCAAAUCCAAACGACAUGUUGAAAAUAUCAAAUAAAAAACGUAAAACGAAGGACGUGCCAGAGUAUGAAUGGACAGCAAUGAGCAUACGACAAGUAAGAGGGAAAAAAGUUAUGACCUCAGUAGAGGACACGUGCCGCCUAUCGUUACUACUGGAAUCAGACUUGAACGACGCAGUUUGCAGAUUCGUAAACGGCAAUGAAAGUAGAGCAAUAAUGGAGUACGUAAGAGGAAGAGUAUCGGAAAUGGAAGACUACCUGAAGGAAGAAAUAAAAAACAAAGUUCUGGAGCCACUGUCAGAAGAUAUAUACUCGGAACUAAUAGUAAACACAAUCCAGGUAAGCAAGUGUGUAGAAACAAAAGAAACAUAG